GGAGUUGGGGAUGUCCUACAAACCCAUCGCCCCCGCCCCCAGCAGCACCCCCGGCUCCAGCACCCCUGGGCCCGGCACCCCGGUCCCUAUAGCCGGAAGUGUCCCAUCGCCGUCGGGCUCGGUGCCAGGAGCCGCUGCCCCUUUCAGACCACUGUUUAACGACUUUGGACCACCCUCCAUGGGCUAUGUGCAGGCAAUGAAACCACCUGGCGCCCAGGGCUCCCAGAGCACUUACACCGACCUGCUGUCGGUCAUAGAGGAGAUGGGCAAAGAGAUCUGGCCCACCUAUGCUGGCAGCAAGAGCGCCAUGGAUCGCCUGAAGAGAGGCAUCAGCCAUGCCCGGGCCCUAGUCAGAGAGUGCCUGGCAGAGACAGAGCGGAACGCCCACACGUAACAGGAUCGACUCCGUCUCAGCAUCUGGACCUUUCCUGGCCACUGCAGAGCACCUGCUUCUCCCUGGCCUUCACCCUGAGUUGCACUUCCCAUCCUGGGCUUCCUGUCCUGUGUCCUUUGGUGGUUGCCCUCCAGGAACCAGUGGGCGGCUCUCACUCCAGUCGGCAGCACUAACUGGAAACCCCCAAAAGAGUUAGCAGCGAGGUCAC